AUGUCCGAGGGUACACUCUUUGUCAAAGACUCUCGUACUUCCAAGGAGUACGAGAUUCCAAUCACUCGGAACAGCGUGAAAGCCGCCGAUUUCAAGAAGAUCGUUGGUCCUGCUGAGGGCACCAACCCCGCUGACCACGUAGCAAAGGGUCUCCGAUUGUUCGAUCCUGGUGUUCAGCACACAGCAACCCACGAAUCGAAAAUCACUUGGGUUGAUGGCAACAAGGGAGUUCUGCUGUUUAGAGGCCACAAUUUCCAGCAACUAUGGGAUAACGACUUCGAGGAUAUGCUCCACCUGAUGGUUUGGGAGACUCUCCCAACACCUGAGCAGAAGGAGUCUCUUCGCAAGGAAAUUGCUGAGGUAUCAUACAACGUCGCUGACUCGGUUGCCCAGACUAUUCGCUCAUUCCCUCAGAACGGGCCUGCCGUGCCCAUGGCUCUAGCCGGUCUUGCAGCUUACGCCGCUGCAAACCCAGACAUUCUCCCGGCCUACAACGCUGGCACCACGUUGCAUAGAAACCCGGAAGCUAUUCGUUCAGCUAUCGUCAAGGCCGUCGGUGCCUACAUCACUGUUAUCGCGAUAGCUGACUGCCACCGAAAAGGCAUCAAAUUUACCUCGCCCUCACUAGAUAAGACAGUCUACGAGAACUUGCUGAUAAUGCUGGGACGAGUGGAUGCAGAUGGCAACCCGGACACUUUGUUGUUGAACAGCUACCGCCAUUCUGGAGCGAUGGGAGCCGACCACGAGAUCACCAACUCGACAUUCGCCCUCCUUGUAGCUGCAUCAUCGCUUGGUGACCCCGUCUCCUCUUUGAUUAGCGCCAUUUCCACCUGUUAUGGACCACUGCACAUGGGUGCUUGCGAAUCGGCCUUCAAGUCGAUGCAGAAAGUUGGCAGUGUUGAAAACGCAAGGCUCCUAAUCGAGUCCGUCAAGAGAGGCGAGCGCCGUCUAUACGGCUAUGGACACCGUAUGUAUCGGACUGUCGACCCACGUAUUGCCCGUGUCAGGGGAAUUGUAAAGGAUUUAGGCAAUGACUCCCAUCCCGUCCUCCCUAUCGCUAUGGAGAUUGACCGCCUCGCGAGCACCGAUGAGUACUUCGUUAAGCGUGACUUGCACGCUAACGUUGAUCUCUUUGUUGUGUUUGUUGGUAUUGGAUUGGGCUGGCAUGCGGAUUUCGUUCCCCUAUUCAUUGUCCUACUCCGUUUGCCAGGAUACAUGGCCCAUUGGAAUGAAGCUAUGCACCGUGACAUCAAAUUAAUGCGUCCGGCUGGGUUCUAUACUGGCCCAACUGAGGCAGUCGAUGACGAGCCUGCCGUCACAACAGAGACGACUUUUGCAGCCCCGGAGACCCCUGCUGCCAUCCCAGAGACUGCUGUGCCUGUUCCGGCAGCUGCCGCGCCCGCCGCUGUUGAGCCAACAGCUGUUCCUGCUAAUUGA